AUUGUUGUUAAGGUCAAAGUUACACCUAACCGCAGAUAGAUCAAAUCGUUGAAACGGAAUCCGCCAAACAAACCUCUGGCGCCCGGAUACAGUAUAAAGCGAUCUACGUGUGCUCUAAACUAUAGGCAACAUUUAUUCUCCACUGACUCAAGUGUGGCUGAUGCCGAACGCGUCACACAAAUAGGAAGUCAUGUACCGAAAGCUUGCCAUCGCGGUCCUCCUGUGUUCUAUCCUUUUCUCUGGAGGUCUGGGCUCUAAUGCAUCAAAGGAAGUAAAGGUAACUGCUAAAAAGAAAACUGCUUUGCUUUGCUUCGAUGCAUACCCAUCCCUUUGUCGUAAAUCGGUAGCCAGGAAGGCAUGCAAUAAUUCAGAUCACCGUAGCCAUGCGUUUGUGAUCGACGUCUGCAGGAAAACGUGUGGUCGCUGCUAAAACAAUGUGGGACAUAUGAAAGCCAAGUUUCACAAUUAGGCAAAAACGUACAGUGAACAGUGAAGAAACGGCAAAAACUUGUGUAUGAUUAUACUGCAAAAUAUUGAAAAUUUUGGUCUUUAAAAACAACACAGGCGAAGAAAAGGGUAUACCAGGGUCUUGUGUUGCAUGAUGGGUCACGCAAAGGAAAACUCAACAUGGCGUCGACGGAAGUGGAAGGAGCGCUGGACGAUCUUGACAACAUAGCGGCUGAUUCACCCGAAGAAUGUGCCAUCGACGAUGAAAAUCAAGUCAUGGAAAGAUGCAACUUCAUGCCCGAGAACAAAAAUAUAGAGGAUGUCAAAGACAUGGACGAAUAUGUGCUCUCUUACUUCGAAUCAUUGAAUAGCAUGAGUCGACGUAUCAUAGCGGAACAGAGAGAAGUCAUUCAGGAAAACAAAGGAAAGUGGGAGCGUCUUAGUCCAGAGGAACAAGAUAAACUUAUAGACGAUCGUUUAGUAGAUCCAAGAAUUCGAAGGAAAUAUGGAGAGGACUCGUAUUUUAGGACUAAGCCCGAGUGGUUUCCUGUUUUGAAACUAGCUCAUGGGCUUUCAGAUUCUGAAGGAAAUGCCAUCAAUUUUGCUCCAAAUCCUCGAGACAGCAUCGCUUCUGUCACUUUAACAGACCUCCAUUCAAAGGAUCAGUUUUCCUCUCCAUGGUGUUGGGCCUCUAGAAGCCAAGAGGACUUACGAAUUCUUGAGGAAGGUGAAUUAGAAGAAAGACUGAAAAAGGUGACUGAAAGCGAACCUGAAGAAAUCCCCAAGGGUCCCCCAUUACUGGAAAUGUUCUCAAGGAAAAAACACAUAGACUUUGAGGCUUUAUCUAAGGACUCUAGCCCCUCCGGGAGUGCACCAGGAUCUGAUUUAUUUCGCCGAAGAGAUUUCUUAGAGGUUGAUAUGGAUACGGAUGGGGGCUCUAAGGGCAGUAGCGUAGGAAGCAGCACAAAAGGCAGUAAAGCAAGCCUGAAUUCCUCAGAUAACAGCAGUGAACAUGCUACAGCUAAAGAUGAAAAUGAUGAGGUUGAUGGGCCCAAGGCUGUGGAGGAAAUCCAAUCAAGUACUACCCAGGAUAUGAUGGCUUUUCUACAAAACUGGUGAAUCAGUAACAGAGGCAGUAAUACCUAAUAUUAAUAUAUAAGAGAAUUGCAAUUUAGAUAACUGAUAACUAUAAAUGGGAAGUUUAAACAAAGAAAACAGAAGGGUACUUCUUGAUACAAACUCUUCAAGCACCCAAGGGGGAGGCAGGUUUUGCUUAAGGGGGGGAGGGAUGAAAUGCAGUCAUAGAUAUCAUUUUUAUGAUAUAGACAUAACCAUGUCUAUGUCUAUCAUGUGGAAAUAGUUUGAAAUUUGACAAUUCUUUAAUAAAAAGUGAUCCACUUUUUGGUGUUCA